GAUCCAAUCAAGAAGAUAAUGUCGCUGUUUAUUAUUCCGCUCGUUUCUCAGGAGUCAGGACCUCGCCCCGGCCCCAAUCCCUUCUCCUUCGUGCAGCUGCGCGCCAGAUCGACUUCACCGUCGCAACUCGUGCUGACGGUCCGGCCAGCAUCGCCUCCUGCUCGCGACCUCGCCCAGCUCCCUCCACCCUCCGGUGAGACGCAGAUCUCCUGCUCGUGGCCUCGCCCAGCUCCCUCCACCCUCCGGUGAGACACAGAUCUUGGUGCGACGGGGCACUACGGAGGCAGGGUAGUGCGGUUGUGCGUGUGUUGGUGGCCUGGUUCUAGCAACCGAGAUGGAUAGAAGUUGGGUGCAUGCUAGACUAUUUUCUCAUGAAUAUAUAAAUGGCGUCAAAGAAUUUAUGAGCUUCAUUCAUGGGAAAUUUGGAGAGGAUGAAGAAAUCUUAUGUCCAUGUAGUAGAUGCCUUAAUCAAAAGUACCAACAUCAAGCUCUUGUGGAGAGGCAUAUAUUGAUGAAUGGCAUGGAAAGUACAUAUACUCGAUGGAUUCAUCAUGGAGAGAACCUUGAUGUAUAUGGUUUGUUAAAUGAGUCAGGUAUGACUGAGGACAACAGCUAUGAUGAUGGUAAUUUGAAUGGGUUGUUACAAGACUUAGACAGCGCAGAGAAAGAUAAGCAAGACAAUGAAAAUGAGAAUGAUCCAGAACCUAAUGACAAGGAUUCAUUUUUUAAAUCGGUGAUGAAAGAGGCUAAGCGUCAACUUUAUCCAGGUUGUACGAAAUUUUCGAAGUUGUCAUUUGUGGUAAAACUUCUUGAUAUGAAGUCAUUGUAUAGGAUAUGCAACUCUGCAUUUUCUGCAAUAUUAAAACUGUUAGGUGAUGCUUUCCCAGAAUGCAAUACACUCCCCAAAUCAUAUUAUGAAGCAAAGAGCAUUUUAAAGAAAUUAGGUCUUGGAUAUGAAUCAAUACAUGUGUGCUAUAAUAAUUGUGUGCUCUUCAGAAAAGAAUAUAGCAAGCUUGACAAUUGCCCUAUUUGUGGUCUCUCAAGAUGGGUUGAUGUUGAAGGAAAGAAGAUUCCACAGAAAGUGUUACGCCAUUUUCCGUUGAUACCUAGGCUACAGAGGAUGUUUGUGAACAAAGAAACAGCAGAACAAGCACAGUGGCACAAGCUGAAGGGAAAUCCUAAGGAAAAUGAAAUGAGUCACCCAGCUGAUGGUGAGGCAUGGCAAGAUUUUGAUAGAAAAUAUCCAAAUUUUGCAAAAGAUGCCAGAAACCUUAGACUUGGCUUAGCAACUGAUGGGUUUAACCCCUUUUCGGAAAAAAACACUAAAUACAGCAUGUGGCCUGUACUUGUUGUGCCAUACAACCUUUCACCUUGGGCGUGCAUGGAGGAGUCAAAUUUCAUGAUGGCUUUACUUAUUCCUGGUCCUACAUCACCUGGAAAGGACUUCGAUAUUUUUUUAGAGCCUCUUAUAGAAGAUUUACUUGAGCUUUGGACAGGUGUACCUACUUACGAUGCUCUAACUGGACAAAAAUUUAACCUACGUGCUGCAGUUUUAUGGUGCAUCCACGAUUAUCCAGCUUUGGGCACUCUUUCAGGGCGUAAAACAAAAGGUUUUUUUGCAUGUAUUCAUUGUGACAAGCAACCUCUUUCAUACAGCCUAAGGAGCAAAAUUGGUUAUUUUGGGCAUUUUCGUUUCCUUCCGGUGGGACAUCGCUUGCGCAAAAAUAAUGAAUUUGUUGGUCUUCAUGAAAGCAAUGAUCCCCCAGGUAAAUUCUCUAUGGAAGAGUUGAUGGCUGAAUUGGAGAGAGUCAAACAUGUUAGGCCUGGGAAGCAACAAGGAAGUAGGAAAAGGAAACGUUCUAAUUUGGACAAGGAUCAUGUGGUAAUUUGGAGUCGGAUGGUUAGUUUAUGGAAGUUACCAUAUUGGAAGAAUUUGAAACUGAGACAUAAUCUUGAUAUCAUGCACAUUGAGAAAAACAUAUGUGAAAACUUGAUUGGGACUAUUCUCAAUAUACCCGGGAAGACAAAGGAUACAAUUAAAGCUAGGUUUGAUCUGAAAGAUAUGGGUAUUAGAAAGGAGUUGCAUUUUAGAGGGAAUGUAGAUUCAUGUGAGAUGCCUUAUGCAAGAUAUACCUUGCCCACAGAAUAUAAGAAGGCCUUUUGUGAUUUUUUGCGGGAGGUGAAGUUUCCAGAUGGAUUUGCAUCCAACAUAUCAAGAUGUUUAAAUGCUGAGGGAACCAAAUUACAAGGGCUUAAAACACAUGAUUGUCACAUUCUUUUGCAAAGAAUAUUACCAGUUGCCAUGAGAGGAUUUUUGGACAAGGAUAUUUAUGAAGCACUAGCGGAUCUGGGGAAAUUUUUUAGGGAAUUGUGCAGCAGAACUCUUAAAAAGGAUGUGUUGGCUGAAAUGAGGAAAGAAAUUCCAAUAAUUUUGGUGAAGCUUGAGAAAAUAUUUCCCCCAGCUUUCUUUGAUGUGAUGGUGCAUCUAGCUGUGCAUCUACCUGAUGAGGCAUUAUUGCGAGGUCCUGUGCAUUAUGGUUGGAUGUACCCAAUUGAAAGGCGAUUGUAUACUUUGAAGCGCUAUGUGAGGAACAGGGCACGACCGGAAGGCUCAAUCGCUGAGGCAUAUAUUGCGGACGAGUGCUUGACAUUUUGCUCUAAAUACAUGGAUGAUGUCGAAACAAAAUUUAAUCGGGAACCAAGAAAUAAAGGGUUUUCUAAUGAGGAAGCCUAUACCGUUGAUGUUUUUGGGCAUGGAGUUAAUUUUACCUCUGCGCCUGAACUAGUGUAUGAUGAUAGUGCCAUUGAUCAAAUGGUAUGGUAUGUUCUGAACAAUUGUAGUCAGGUUGACAAAUAUAUGAGAAUGUUCAGAGAUGAAUUAGAGAGAGAUGGCAUGCCUAACAUUGAAAGAACAUUGCGACAAGGAUUCCAGACUUGGUUCAGAACCCAUAUCCUCAGAAUGCGGAAUAUAAAUCAAGAAGAGGCUGAUGAUGAUCUAUUUUCCUUGGCUUGUGGUCUUGAUUUCAGAGUUCGAAAAUACUCCUCAUGCAUAGUGAAUGGUGUGCGGUUUAACACUAGUGACCGUGACAAGCAUCGAAAGACACAAAAUAGUGGAGUAAUGACACAAGCUGCUGAAAUUGCUCAAUUGGUACAAGAAAAUGGCCAAAAAGUGUAUGGGAGUGAUAGUGAAGAAGAAGAUGAUGACGAUACAAUUUUGGAGUAUUGCAGCGAAGCCGAAGAAGGUGCUACAAAUGAUGUUGACAGUGAUGACGAAUAGCUGAUACUACUGAUAUUUAGUUGUGAAAUGACACUUGUAAUAUUUAUUUGGAUAGGCUGUAGUAUUUUCUGCCAUUUAGUUGUGAAUGUAACUUGAAAUAUUUAUUUGGAUGGACCAUGUUCAAUUCAGAUCAUGGUUUUAUGAAUAAUGGUCAUGUUGAGUUCAGAUCUUGUUAUUAAACUGUCAUGUCAUUAAACUGUGCUGAGUUCAGACUGAAUGUCAUUAAACUGAAUAACUGAAUGUUUGAA